CGGGGUCGGGGUCGCGGUCGCGGCCGGAGGAGGAUCGGGGCGGCUGCGGGGCCCCGAGGAGUCGGGCGGGCCGAUGUGGGGCCCGGGCCGGGCCCUAGGCGCCGCGCUGCUGCUGCUGCUGCUGCCGCUCCUGCCGGCGCUCAGCGCCCUGCUGCCGGCCGGAGGCCCAACCGACCCCCAUCCCGGCCCCGGCCCGCCCCACGCAGAUUUGGCUGAAAGGAAGAUCUCAGCGCUGAAGAUGGAUCAGGCUUUGCUGCUCAUCCACAGUGAAUUGCGCCAUAAGAAUUUGACGGUCUAUUGGCUUUCUGAUCACUGUUACCAGUGUUUAUAUCAGGUUCUCAUAACUCUUCCCAAGAGCCCAAAACCAGGAAAACCUAGCACUGAAGCUGUUGCCGUGAACACCCAGCACCCGGUUAUUCUGCAACUUAAUGAUACUGUGGAAGAAAGAGAAAUUUGUAGGCUACACUACAGCUUUGGAGAAUUUGGAAACUAUUCUCUCUGGGUAAAAUAUCAUCCUGAUGUUGCUGAUGAAAUUGCCUGUAACAUAGUCAUCAAUAAAGAUCCAAUCAGCACUUUCUUCCCUAUCCUUGUUGCAUUUCUUAUUUACAUGGCAAUUCUCAUUUGCAUGACCCUAGGACAUUUCUUUGUGAAACUUGAUCCUGUCCGGAAUUGGCUGUACAAAAAAAUGAAUCCCAGGGAAACAGACCGUCUCAUUAAUUCUGAGCUCGGCUCUCCAACCAGAGCAGAUUCCUAUAACAGCGAUCUACAAGCUGAAGUCUGGAGAUCCUCCUCACCGCAGCGUCUUCGUUCCCUAGAUACUUUCAGAGGGUUUUCUCUCAUCAUCAUGGUUUUUGUUAAUUAUGGAGGAGGAAAAUACUGGUUCUUUAAACAUGAGGGUUGGAAUGGAUUGACAGUCGCUGACCUGGUAUUUCCAUGGUUUGUGUUUAUCAUGGGGUCUUCAAUUUCUCUCUCACUGAGUUCCAUGCUGCGGCGAGGAUAUUCUAAAUGGAGAUUGCUGUGGAAAAUUCUAUGGAGAAGUUUUCUGCUGUUCCUCAUAGGAGUCCUAAUAGUGAACCCUAAUUAUUGCCUUGGACCAUUGUCCUGGGAUAAGCUGCGGAUUCCUGGUGUACUUCAACGGUUGGGAUUUACCUACCUCGUGGUUGCCACUUUGGAACUCCUCUUUGCCAAGGCCGUGCCUGAGAGCAAUUCCCUGGAGAGGACAUGUUCUUUUCUUCAGGAAAUCAUAUCAUAUUGGCCACAGUGGAUUUUCAUUUUGAUGCUGGAAACAGCUUGGCUUUGCCUGACUUUCUUAUUACCAGUACCAGGCUGUCCAACGGGUUACCUUGGCCCUGGUGGGAUUGGCGAUUUUGGAAAAUAUCCAAAUUGUACCGGAGGAGCUGCUGGUUACAUAGAUCAUUUGCUUCUGGGAGAAAAUCACAUUUACCAGCAUCCUUCUCCUAACGUUUUGUACCACACCAAAGUGGCCUAUGACCCAGAAGGAAUCUUGGGGACCAUCAAUUCCAUUGUGAUGGCAUUUCUGGGAGUUCAGGCAGGAAAAAUACUCCUAUUUUACAAAGAGCAGCACCGACAAAUAAUGCUAAGGUUCCUUACCUGGAGUGUUGUUAUGGGACUUAUUUCUGGUGUUUUGACCAAAUUUUCACAAAAUGAAGGCUUUGUUCCAAUCAACAAGAAUCUCUGGUCCAUUUCCUACGUGACCACUCUGAGCUGCUUUGCCUUCGUGGCACUGUUGCUGAUCUACUACUUUGUGGAUGUGAAGAGGCUGUGGUCAGGCGCGCCGUUCUUUUACCCAGGAAUGAAUUCUAUCCUGGUUUAUGUUGGACAUGAAGUGUUUGAAAACUAUUUUCCCUUUCAGUGGAAGAUGCAGGACAACCAGUCACAUGCUGAACAUUUGACUCAGAACCUGGUUGCUACCUCCAUCUGGGUUAUCAUUUCAUAUAUACUCUACAGGAAAAGAAUAUUCUGGAAAAUCUGACAGCUGCCCUGAAACAUUUCACUGACCCAAGGCGAGAGAGAGCUCACUGGAGACUGUCAUUUAAAAGAGGGGAAUCAGUAGUCAAAAGGGAUGAUGGUGUUUUGAAUUUUCAAAUCAUGGAAAAAUGGGAUCAGCUUUUAUUUGCCUAAUGUGUGCUGAUGUCUCACACAGUUAAUUAGAGCACUGCCUAUUUGUGAAUCAUGUAUUUGAAUGCAGAGUUAUUGGCCUGCUUUUUCAUUAUCAGUGUACACGGAUAUUUUGGACAGUUUAAUGUAAUUCUGUUAAGGACUUAUUGAACUUUUGAAAAGGGAAUUAUUGGAGACAUUAUGGAAAAUGAUCUAAGGCCCACUUCUUAGUCCAGCUCGUUUUUUGCAAGGUGGUCUUUUAUAUUUUUACACUGCUUGAGAGCAAUAUUGUCAAUUUUAUUGUGGUCUUCUGUAAUGGUGACUAAAUGUGAUAUUUGGCAUUUUCUUUGCCUAGUUAAUAAUCCAAAUUUUUCUGCUAAGUGCCAUUUGAUGUACCAAGAAACAGAAUAACUUUCCAUUCAGGUUUGCCAAGCUCUGCUUGAUGAAUGUUAAAUAUUCAUUGCCUGAUAUUCUUGAAAAUUCCUGUCACUGGCAGAUGCCAUUUUAUGCUCCUCCCUCCUUUUUUUUGGAUACUAUGGAUUUAGCCAUUCUUGCCCAUAAAGCAUAUUUACUUACACAUUCACCCUGUCCCCCCGCGCCCCCAGGUAUAUCAAUGACAUAGGUAUUCUGAAAAAGUGUAUUUUGUUAUAGAAAUCCUUCAAAUUAAAGUCAAGGUAAGUUUAUGAA